GGCUGUGAGUUGAGCUGGCCUGUUUGCGUCUAGCCAGUCUCUUGCAAGUUGUGGUGUGGGAAGGUGCGCGCCAUCUGCUUCCUGCGCUGUCUGACACGUGCACCUCUUCACUGGCGUGCCCAAGAGUACAGGUGUUGUAAAGAUGGCGGAGACAAGGCGUAUCCUGUGGUGUCCUAUAGCCUGCAUCCUACUGCUCCCUGUCUCCUGCUGGGGCAAGUGGACGCGGAGACCCAGCGGAGUUAUCUUGAGGAUCUCCUUGACGGGCCAUAUGACGUAAAUGAAUGGCCGGGGAGCGAUCUUCCGGUGCAGGGCGGGAGGGCAAAGCGGAGGGCGGAACUUCCAGAAAUGGACAAUUCAUUCGCCAACUGGAGCCCCAGUGAGCCCACGACUGUCACGGUGCAAAUGUUCAUCAACUCCUUCGGCUCCCUCAACGCCGCCAACAUGGAUUACAAUAUCGACGUGUUCCUCCGCCAACGCUGGAAUGAUCACCGCCUUCAGCUUCCAGGAAACAGAACGCGCGUCACUGUACUCAACCCUGCAGUGCAAGCCAAGAUCUGGAAACCUGACACGUACUUCAACAAUGUAAAGGAUGCCUCGGUGCACAAGGUGACAAUGCCCAACAUUCUCCUGCGCAUAGAAAAGAACGGGGACAUUCUGUACAGCAUGAGGAUUACUCUCAAGCUCUCCUGCAACAUGCGACUUCACCAGUUUCCAUUUGACGCCCAGAGUUGUAGCCUUACCAUGUCCUCCUACGCCAACACAGACGACGUCAUCAUCUACGAGUGGGACCCAGAGAUACCUAUCGACAUGCCUGAUGAGUUGGAGAUAGCCCAGUUUGAUCUUCUGGAGGACCGACGCGUCACGGAGAGCGAUACACAGGUCUACGUGACGGGUAACUUCAGCUCACUCAAGGUGUCCUUCGACCUGCGACGCCAGAACGGGUACCACGUCCUGCAGACCUACAUCCCCACCAUCCUCAUCGUGGUCAUCUCCUGGGUCUCCUUCUGGCUGGACCCUAAAAACGCCGUGCCUGGCCGCGUGUCCCUGGGAGUCACCACCCUUCUCACCCUCACCACCCUCGCGUCUGGUAUCAGGGCUCAGCUUCCUCCUGUCUCCUACGUCAAGGCCAUUGACGUGUGGAUCGGGAUGUGCAUGAUCAUGGUCUUCGGCGCCCUGCUGGAGUUCACCUUCGUUAACUGGCUGGCCAAUAAGAAGAUGACAGGGGAGCCUUCCUUAGCUUUCCGCCUCCCACUCGCCCUGUUCGGGUCCGAGGAGGAAGAGGUGGGACUGGACAGUGGUGUUGGUGAUAGUGAUAAGGUUGAUAGCGAGGCAGCUCCGGCCGACACUAACUCAUACCAAGACCCGGAACCCAUCGGAGCAGACCCCAAGGAGCCCAGGAACUACUACAACCACGCCAUGGCCGUUGACCGUCUGUGCCGCGGCUUCUUCCCCGGGGCGUUCGUCAUCUUCAAUUUGAUCUACUGGCCCUACUACCUCAUGCGGCAGCACACACCACAGAUGAUGGAUGACACCACCUUCGGAGCCUAGAGCGCCGCGGAGAGCCUGCGUCAUAGUUACAAUACAGUAUUCUUAUCCAUUUCUUACUUAAUAUAAUCAGUGAUGCUUUUUUUCGUGAAUACUUUGUUACCUGGAAGAGGCAAAGACCAAAGUGAAGGCAGACCUUAGCUUCGUGCGGGUUCUCGACUGCUGGCAUCUCCUCAGAUCCCGCUGCUCUGAAUAACAGAUUAUGAAGUACUUUAAAUGUCAUAUACUCAGCAAAAUAAAUAUGUUGUCAAUAUCAUCCCACAGUCACAAUGACCGAGAUUAUUUUCAAACAUAAAGAAAGGACAUUAGAUACGAAUCUUGCAAUCAUUCUUCCAUUAACAACUGACACUUUUAGCAUCUUGACGCAUCGCCUUGCACGGGUAAUUAUUACUGGUACACAAAUAAUGUGCUCUGGUGUGCCCUUGAGCACGAGUUUCCACAUUGCACGCGACUUUUGAACAAUACGAAUUACACAGGAAAGUGUAGGAGUGACUAUUUUAUUCUCAGACUGAGAAAAAUAGUCUUAUUUCGCGUGUCACUGGACAUCUGCGUACGUCCUUGCUCCUUGGAGUUUAGAAAUGGCUGCUUUAAAACAUGACAUUCUUUUAAAAAGGAGAUGACCUGCAGUGUAGCGCUUCCCGUUCUUCCCGCCAUGAGAAAUACGAUUUUUGGAGAUUCCAUUUUAUCAUACUCAUGCAGCUUACGUUUGCCAUCAUCUCUCCACGACCUCUCAGUCCAGAGGUUCUCGUUAUCUUUCAUGUGGGACUUGUAUACAAGGUAAUCGCUUCGCUGCAGCAUGAACGAUCGCAUAACUUACAGCUACAAGUAUAUUAUGAACUCUAGUACAUUUCUAUAUACAUCUACUUCAGCGCGACAUAAGUUUGGAAGUAUUAUUCUGAUGACUAAUUGCCUCCCAACGCCCUCGCUGGCUCUUUCACGACUGCCCUUGGAAAAUUCGAUGGAAUCGUGAAUUGAUUGAAAGGCGUUUCGCUUCGUUACUGGAACAGACGGAGUUCCGGCACCUGAGGGAGGUUGUGUCCUUAAAUACUUUCCAGUGACGUAAGCCAUUAAUAAUUCCAUCCUUGACUUUUGCUGCAAAACAGACUUACUAGAUAAACGUCAGCACUGCCUCUGUGAUGUGUUGAUGUUAUUAGAUUGUCCUUGUCCCCAACUCAAAAUGAUGCAGAUAUUUACUGUGGCACUCUGAAGUCCAUAUUUUCUUAUAAUGUAACACCAGUUUUUGCUAAUCCAAGUUUGAUGACAACCAACUCCCGGUAUUCUUCAGAGUCCUAAGUAUGGUUCAGUAGGAAACUUUUUUCUUUCUUUCUUUCUUUCUUUUUUCAAUCCCUCGUGUUGUAUUUUCAUGUCUUAACUCGUGCUGUUCACUUUAGCUAAUAUCUGUCAGCUUAGCUUGAAAGUUUUGAUAACAAUGGUGUGAAGGUUUUUAAGGUUUGAUAACUUUAACCGAUGAAAGAGGAAAGGAAUGUUCAUUUGUGUAAUCUGACACGAAGGAUAUAAAAUAUUUAAUUGAUCAUUAUUUCCUGUCAGAUUUAUUCCUCGGAUAUCUUUUUUCUACGUGUGUAACUCUCUUUUUGACCUUUUACUAAUAAAGUUGUCCUGUUG